GUUUCGAGUAUUAAUGAUAUUAUAUUAUAUUAACGAUAAAAGACGGCAGAGGUAUCUGUUGAUUGCAGAGGUGUUUGUAGGAGGCGUUGCAGUUGGAUUAGUCGAUGAUAGGUAAGGAUUUGAUUAGGUAGGAAAAGGUAUGGUGAGUUUUGGUGAGAAGAUAGGGAAUUGUAAUGUGGUGGGACGUUACAUUGGCUGCGUUCCGAUAUUCACUGUAAGUACUGACAAUGUGACAUCACUCGGUAAAGCUACAAAGAUCGUUCCAUUAUUACUGAUGUUGCUUCUUUACGUUAUAGUACUGCAAUAACGGAACGAUGUCCGCAGUACUGCGAUUGAUUUAAAAUAUUAACCUAUCAAUAUAAACGAAAUUGUCAAAAUGGAUAAAAAACUUGAAGUGAUUUGUGAGUUCGCGAAAUAUUUAAUGGAAUCAUCAGAUGAAUCAGACAGUGAAACAUCAGAUGAGGAACACGAAUUGCUCUUAUUAUUAAUUGUGCAAAAGACGAAUACAAUAUCGCAUAAACAUUGCCAGAAUUAUGUUGAAAACGUUGAUUUAACGUUGUACCCUUGUACAUCGAUGAAGAAUUCAAAAUGCAUUUUCGGAUGAAACGGAGUACGUUUCAAAUAUUAUUAGAACUAUUAAGACCAAGCCUCUGGAAACAGAGUAAUAGAUAUGGCAGGCAACCAAUAUCGCCUGAAAAACAACUACUCAUAGCUAUUAGGAUUAUGGCUACACCAAAUUCCUAUAGAUGUGUUUCAGAUAGAUUUAACGUUGGUAAAGCUACAGCAUGGCGAAGUGUGCAAAAAAUUGUACAUGCAUUGUAUAAAAAAAUUACAAGUUUUAUUAAAUGGCCAACUAUAGAAGAAGCACAACAAAGCAUGGAUACCAUGGAACAGCAAUAUGGUUUUCCAAAUGUUAUUGGGGCAGUAGAUGGAACACAUGUAAAAAUUACUGCUCCACAAGAACAUAGUGAAUCAUACAUAAACAGAAAAGGGUUUCAUUCGAUUCAACUACAAGUAAUUUGUAAUCCACAAUUACAAUUUAUACAUUGUUAUGCAGGACAGGUUGGUUCCGUGCACGACAUGCGUGUUUUUAAAUGAUCUAAAUUCGAAAAUGUGUACGGAUGCGAAUUUUCCUCAUGAUUGCCAUAUCCUAGGUGAUGCAGCAUAUCGAUUAACAAAAUAUGUGAUGGUACCAUUUAAGGAUAAUGGUCAUCUAUCAGAAAGACAAAAAUAUUUUAAUGUUUGUCUCUCUUCUGCUAGAAUGAUCGUGGAGCGAUCAUUAGGUCUCCUAAAAGGUCGUUUUAGAAGUAUAUUAGACACACUUCCAAUGCAAAGAACGGAUUUAAUUCCCAAAUAUAUAAUUGCUUGUUGCAUUGUGCACAAUAUUUGCUUGUUGAAUAAUGAUAUAAUAGAUAUUCCUAUUAUUGUUAAUCAGCCUAAUAUCAUGCAAGAAGCACAAAUAUUAGAAGACAAUGCUGCACACAGAGAAGGUAUAGAGAAAAGAAAUGCAAUUAUGUACUAUUUACAAAAUGUUUAAACGAUGUGAAAGGAAGA